UGGGAUGUGGGAGGGGAACGGAGUGGAGGAGGCGAGAGAUGGAAGUGGAUGGAUGCUCUUGAUGGGCUGAAAGUGAAACAGGCACCGCGGUCACUAGUGGCAGUAUGCGGGCGUGGCAGUGGAAAGUGUGGAGAUGCCAUUGAUUUGCCCCGGAAAUCUGCCACCCGCUGCGAUCCAUUCCCCCCUCCCCCCGUCGGCCUCCCCGUGGUUUCCCCUUGUCUCUCGGCGUGCCCUGGGGUUGUCGUCGCUCGAGACAUCAACAUGGCGUAUGUGACUGUGUGUGACGAUAAUCAUGGCACUGAUGGAAAAUUCCAACCGGGAAGCGCUCUCCGAGUCGGGGUCCGUGAGACAAGAAUGAGCCCUCCAAGGUUGCCCCGCGGUAACUCAACCCCUUGGGGAUGUCGGAGCAAAUUGGAGCAUCUCAUAGGCGCCUGCUCACUGACUUCCCGCGAACUGUUCGACCUUCAACCCGCGAUCAGUGGGUAUUACCCUCCCCCCGCCGAGAAAGCAUGCAGGGGUUGGAGCCCAACGGCGCUGUGCUGCAACCAUCGGUUGUUGCUCUUUCCAGACAACAACUCGGUUGACGGCAUGACAACCCCGGUAAUAUCUCUGCCGGAUAUCUCAUCCUGGAGGAAUGAGGAGUAA